UGGGAGUGACGGCUCCACCUGCUGUACCCAGUCGUAUGAUGCGUGUUCCAUGUGCAGAACUAUAACCAACAUUCCUUAUGAAUCAGAUAUAUUUUCUGUGAGAAGUCUGGAUCCUGUGCAGUGUAAUUACUGAGCGCGGACCACACUCUCCGCACAUGCACACAAUAACAAUAUAACAGCAGGCAAUGCAACUUUAAGAGGGGUGUACACCCUGUCCAUAGUUUUCCACAAUGAAGUGUGGACACAGACAAGCUGCUGUUUGGCAGCCGUUCCUCCUCCACCCCCCCCCCAAAUACUUCCCUCUCCUCCACUAUGAGUGUACAGAGCCAGAAGAGGUCUGACGGCUGCACAUCUGGGCUGUAGGACCGGGGUUCUGACGACCAGCAGCUGGUUCCUGACUGCCAGGAGCUGGGAAGAGGCGUCAUCUGAAGCUGCUGGAAGAGUCUCAUUACUCCUGGCACAACACACCAGCGUCUGACACACGGUAGCUGGCAUGGAACAACCAAUACUGCUGCUGCUUCUUGCCCUCGCCAAGGUACCGGCCGCGGCGUCCUCGCGGUACUAUGAAGGCUCAGGGUACCCAGCGGAUGACAGCCACAACAAUGAGGUCUAUAUUGAACACCGCCCGUCCGCACCCCUGCCAAACUACCGAGUUUCUCGCUGGUGUUAUGACCUGAAGAUCCAGGAUGGGGAAGCUGCCUGCUACUCUCCUCUGGGUGGGGGGUAUCGCAGCAGCCUGGGGACCCGCUGCAGCUUAUCCUGUGACCAGGGAUUCAGACUUAUCGGACAGAGUUCUGUGCGUUGCUUGCAGAAUCGCCGCUGGUCGGGAUACGCUCACUGUAGACGGAUCCGAUGCCACGUUCUGCCGGCAAUACCCAAUGGGUCGUACCGAUGCUCGCUAGGCACUGACGAGGGAUCCCGCUGCGAUUAUACCUGCCAUCUUGGCUAUCUGAUAGAGGGGGAUCGCAAUCGUGUCUGCAUGGAAGACGGCCAGUGGAGCGGGGAAGAACCUAUUUGUGUAGAUGUGGAUCCCCCCAAGAUUCAGUGUCCGACCUCACGGGUGAAAGUCGCAGAGCCGGGGAAACUAACAGCCGUGGUAUACUGGGGCAGCCCGCAGGUGAAAGAUACAGCCGAUGGGGUGAUAACAAGAGUAAGCCGCAGAGGGCCGGAGGCCGGAUCUGAGUUUCCGGAAGGAGAGCACAUCAUCCGAUACACAGCAUAUGACCAAGCGCACAACAGAGCCAGCUGCAAAUUCAUUGUAAAAGUGCAAGUGAGAAGAUGCCCCAUACUGACGCCUCCCACUCACGGCUACAUCACCUGCAGCUCGGCAGGCAACAACUACGGUGCCAACUGCGAGUAUCAGUGCGAGGGAGGUUAUGAGCGCCAGGGGCCAGCCAUCAGGGUCUGCCAGUACAGCCAGCAGUGGGCCGGAAUGCCCCCCACGUGUACACCCAUGCAAAUAAAUGUCAACGUGAAUUCUCCUGGAGGCUUCCUGGAUCAGUUCUUUGAGAAGCAGCGUCUGCUGAUUAUCUCUGCGCCCAGCUCCUCAGACCGCUAUUACAGACUCCAGAGCGACGCGUUGCAGAGGGCGACCUGUGGUCUGGAUCAGCGACAUGUAAUAGUGGUGGAGUUGGUGGGAGAGGUGCCAAAGGAGGUGGGGCGUGUGCGCGCUCAGCAGCUGUCCGGGGAACUCAUCGAACAAUUAAGGCAGGCCCUGCAUAUUACCCGGGCCUAUUUCAAUAUGGUUCUUAUUGACAAGCACGGAGUAGACCGGGAGCGGUUCAUGGUGCCGACGACAUCUGACGAGAUCUUCACCUUCAUCGACACUUAUUUACUAAGCUCGCAGGAUACGGCUCAGCUGGAGAGGAACAAGGAGAACUGUGACUGAUGGACGGAGCUGCUCUGAAUGCAGAACUAUGGGACUCAGCUGUGGUGACAGCCACAUGCAGCAAACCCGGGGGAGAAAAUAGUUUUUUUUUUAAUAGUUAAAGAUACAGUAUUUAUUAAAUAAAGUGUAUAUAUGAACAGAA